AUGCGGUUCCGCUUUGGCGUGGUGGUGUCGUCCGCGGGGCCCGGGGCCCACCCGGAGCUGCUGGUCGUGGGGUCGCGAGCCGAGCUGGGCCACUGGGAGCCGAGCGGAGCCGUGCUCCUGAGGCCGGCAAGCGCUGGACCACCGGCCCCGCACGAGCCGAACCUGUGGCUCGGGGAGGUGGAGCUGGCGGCCGAGGAGGCGGUGCAGGCCGGGGCGGAGCCCUGCCGCGUGGACACGUUCUGGUACAAGUUCCUGAAGCGGGAGCCGGGUGGAGAGCUCUGCUGGGAAGGGAAUGGGCCGCACCAUGACCGUUGCUGUACUUAUAAUGAAAACAACUUGGUAGAUGGUGUUUAUUGUCUCCCAAUUGGACACUGGAUUGAGGCCACUGGGCACACCAAUGAGAUGAAGCACACAACGGACUUCUAUUUUAAUAUUGCAGGCCACCAAGCCAUGCAUUAUUCAAGAAUUCUGCCAGAUAUCUGGCUGGGUAGCUGUCCUCGCCAAGUGGAACAUGUAACCAUCAAACUGAAGCACGAACUGGGGAUUACAGCUGUAAUGAAUUUCCAGACUGAAUGGGAUAUUAUACAGAACUGCUCAGGCUGUAACCGCUACCCAGAACCCAUGAGUCCAGACACUAUGAUUAAGCUGUAUAGGGAAGAAGGCUUGGUCUACAUCUGGAUGCCGACACCAGAUAUGAGUACUGAAGGCCGAAUCCAGAUGCUGCCCCAGGCGGUCUGCCUCCUGCACGCGCUGCUGGAGAACGGGCACACCGUGUAUGUGCACUGCAACGCGGGCGUCGGCAGGUCCACGGCGGCCGUCUGUGGCUGGCUGCAGUACGUGCUGGGCUGGAGCCUGAGGAAGGUGCAGUACUUCCUCAUGUCGAAGAGGCCUGCUGUGUACAUCGAUGAAGAUGCAUUGAGAAAGGACACAUUUCUUCUACAAUUUUACAGAGUGAAAUUUAUAAGCCAGCAGUGAAUAAUGUGAAGUCUAGCUCCCUUGCUAAAAAUAACUGGAGAUAACCAAUGUAUUAAAAUAACCCAUUCACAGUCAUAAUGUGUUGUGUAAAGUUUAAUCUUAAAUACUGACUAUUUCUAAAUGAUGUUUGUGUCUAUUUCCUUAAUGUCUAAGAAAUUCAGUUUCAUACUUUUCACCAUAGGCAGAUCAUCUUGGGUGGGUUUUUUCCUUAUUGCUCUGAUGGACAAAAUCAGUUUAGGGCUAUUAAAGAAUGUUUUGGAAUAACCUUCUUGUCCUUAAUGAAUGGGAUGUGUAAUGUAUUUUGAAAGCACCUGGAAUUUUUGCUAAAUAAAAACAUUAAAAAUGACCUCCGUGUAUAGGGUUUUUGAAAAAAUGUUAUCAAUUUAGCCUGAAAUCCAGAAGAACAAACUGUGUUUCCUUAUUUGU